AUGAAGCCUCAUUCGAUUUCGAGGAGCCUCGGCCGGAACCUUUUCGUCGUGUGGAUUCUAUGUGCGCGUCCCAGCGCGUUCCCGGGCGAUCACUUGUCUCUGAAAUCCAACCAGCCGAGCAUAAUGGCAGAUAGAUUCGAGAGCUGGCUGGCGAGGUACAACCGGACGUACGAAAGUAGAGCCGAGCGAGAGCUGCGGUUCGAGAUUUAUCGAGCCAACAUCUUGUACGUCGACUUCAUCAACGGGCUACGGUUACCGUUCGAGCUCACCGACAACAGAUUCGCCGACAUGACGAACGUGGAGUUCAGAGCGGCCUACCUGGGUUUUCACAGGAGGAUGAACCAGAGGACUGAUAUGGAGACUAAUGUUACUGAUGAUGCCGACGUGGACGCGCCGACGAGUUUUGAUUGGAGGAAGGAAGGCGCUGUAACUCCAGUCAAGGAUCAAGGCCAAUGUGGAAGUUGUUGGGCUUUUUCGGCGGUGGCGGCCGUCGAAGGCCUCAACAAGAUCAAGACGGGGAAGCUAGUGUCUCUAUCAGAGCAGGAGCUCAUGGACUGCGAUGUCGGUAAGGACAACCAAGGGUGCAGCGGCGGACUCAUGAAGACCGCCUUUUCCUUCAUCCGGCGCAACGGGGGCAUAACUUCGGAGUCCAAUUAUCCUUACCGAGGACAGGUAGGGUCUUGUGACAAGACCAUGCUUGUGAAUCAUGCCGCCACGAUAAGCGGAUAUGGCAAUGUGCCCGCCGACAACGAGGAAAGCCUGCAAGCCGCGGUGGCCCGCCAACCGAUCUCUGCCUCCGUCGACGCGGGCGGCCUGGAAUUUCAGCUAUACUCAGGGGGUAUUUUCACGGGCGGCUGUGGACACGACCUGAAUCACGGGGUCACCGUGGUCGGGUACGGAGCGGAGGGCCGGAGGAAGUAUUGGAUCGUGAAGAACUCGUGGGGACGCGACUGGGGCGAGGACGGCUACGUGAGGAUGUUGAAGGAUUCUCGAGACCGGCGGGGCAUAUGUGGGAUCGCGAUGGACGCGAAUUAUCCCGUGAAGUGUUGAAAAUAAAGGUGGGAUUGGCGUCAGAGUUUUACCUUCUUUUGCAAAAAAUUAGAUUCACGCAGUAUUAUUAUGUCAAACUGAAUUUUUCAUAUUGAAGAGCAGAAUUCGUGGUUGCCCUCUUAUGAAGACAUAAUUAACCAG